UUCCUGUGAUAUCGGUAUGUCAUAAUUGAUAAAACUGAGUGACUUAUUCCAACGGAAACAGGCGAAAACUGUGUGUGGUGGUGGCCGAGAUUAGCUUGCUCUCUGUUUAUGUGGGCAGCAGCUCACGGGAAAGAGGCCCAUCGGCCAGGAUCCUCAUUAAGAUGGGAAAAAAAUGUGACGGCAUGGUUGAAUCACUGCAUGCAUUUAACGAAUACCACUCAGACGAUUGGUGCUGGGACGCAUGUAACAAGUCAUGUGAUGUCAUACUAUCGACCAACCACUUAGCUGCAUAUUUUCAUAUAGAUCCAGUUUAUGAAAGUAUUGGAACCGCAGGUGUACGUGGAACAAAAGGUUUUCGGGAGGGGGAAUACUAUUGGGAGGUGAUAUUUACAGAGCCCCCUUUUGGUACGGCAGUUAUGGUAGGAGUGGGUACUCGACAGGCUUUGUUGCACACCAGUAAUUAUCAGUAUGUUAAUUUAAUAGGUAUGGACAGCCACAGCUGGGGUAUCUCUCACAAAGGAACCAUAUGGCAUGAUGGGAAAUAUAAACAUUAUUGUGAGCCAUUUUUUGACCAACAAACUCGCAUCGGUAUUCAACUUAACCUGUACAAUGGCACGCUAACAUUUUAUAAAAAUGGUGUCAGCUUAGGUGUAGCAUUUACAGGACUGUCGGGAAAAGAUAUAGAAGAACUUUACCCUUUGGCCUGUUCAACAUCAGCGUUAACUGAACUUGAGCUUGGAGUUAGAAGCUCCCGUAAAUUAUCCCUCCAAGAAAAAUGCUACUCAGCAAUUUUGAACAGUAUUGGAAACAGUAAGCACAAAGUGGAUAUGUUACCACUACCCCCUCUGUUGAAAAACCUUUUGAAGAGCAUCGCCAUGUCAAAGUGAACUGUGAUGCCAAGUGUAUAGAAAUCUACCUUGAUGAAAAAUCUGGAGUUUUUUCAUAGGUGUUCGUGAUGCUGUGUUUUAACAGCAUUAAUCCAAAGACUAAUGGAGGGUAGUAUUCAUGGUUCCUAUAUAGGUUCCAUUGUAUUAUAGUACCUAAUAUAGGAUCCAAUGGCAAUCUAUGGUAUUGAAUUGUGUGACUGUUUCAUUGGUACAAAUCAGCUAACAUCUAUAUAUAUUUUUUCUGUAUAUUUUUUGGUAUCACAGGAUUUUGAAUUGCUUAUUUCCAGUGUGCUGAAAAAAACAACCAUUUCAAGUCUUCCCAAAAAAGAAGAGUUUAUUUUUAAGUGAUAUUAUUGUAUUAGUGACUUGGCAAACUUUUUAGAUAUUGGAAAUUGAAUAUUUUAUAUAAAAAUGUAUUUAUGUGCAAUAUAAUGAUUAUGUUAUGUUAGGAAAAUUUGUAUCCCAGAUAAAAAAUGCAUUGUGUAGUGUUUGUGUAUAGGAAUAAUUUUUUGCCCAACCUCGUGUAUACUCGGUUCAUUCUCAAAUACUUAAUCUGCGGAAAAAAAUAUUUCGCAAGUGAUAUAGGCGGGAAUCAAAACCUUGACCUAGAUAACUAGUCUGGUAUCAUAACCACUAGAACACCAAGCUUGUAUUUAGUGGUAAGAAUUUGAUUGUCAAGUUGCACUGAGUGCUGCAAUGUUAUUUCUUAAGUGAUUUGGGUGGGAUUCAAACCCAUGAAUUGUCUGGUAUCAUAACCACUAGACUGCUUAGUGGCUAGUAUUGAAGUUGAUCCUGAAGCCUGUUUUCCACCUGCGAAUUUACAAGCGUUGGUUCAUGCGCAUGCACCUCCACAUUUCUAUCAGAGUUUGCGCUUCAGGCGAAAUCGGUAGUUCGAAAUGUUUUUAAUUUUUGCGAAGGAACCGAGUGGAACCGAGUGGAAAACAGGCUUUAUGUAGUAGCCGGUACAGUAUUGCAAUGCUAUCAAAGUACGAUUGUGGGAACUGUUUUGAUUGGUCAGUUGUGAAGUUUGAUUGACACUCCGGAAUGGUCAAUUAUUUGUACUGUAAUUAUUACUUUAUAUUAAUGUUGGAUGAAAUUGCAUUUUGGCUGGAGUUACUCUGUAUAGGCAGUAGUAUAAGAGUGUUUAGUUAUUUUAGAACAAACCUUGGACAUGUAAUUUUUCCGUCCCCAAUGUGAAUGAGUGAUAUAAUCUUUUGGUUAAAAUGUGAAAGUAAAUUAACCAUUCACUGAGAACUUAGUAAUAUGACAACCAUUUCUUCAAAAACACUAUUUUGAGAUGACACUGAUCCAGAUAAUGUUUUUUUUACUCUGUUAAAUGUUACUAUAGUAGUAUACCUGAUUUAUAGCAGAGUUUCACUGAAUAAAUAAAAACAUUCUUUAUUCCAAAA